AUGGACCCAGGCAGAGGUACAGGGCGUUCUGUCUCUCUUAUAAUUACUGUUACUUUGGUUAAGUAUGAAGGCGGAUCAGAACUUGGGGUGCAUCAUCAGUACUGGAUAGAGGUUGAAGGAAUGUCAGACUUGUCUAUUUAUGAGCUUGAAGAUAUUAUCUGGGACGAUUUUGACCGAAGUGGUGAUCAUAUAGUACCCCACCCUAACAAAGAUGAUGGUUGUGAAGAUAAAAGUGAGGGUGCCAUCUGUAAGAAGCCUAGGCGUGAUGUAACAACACCUCUUCAAAUAAAAGAAGAAAGCAACCCCGAAACAUUAAAUAAAGAAACACAAAUGAUGGAAAAAGAUUCAUGGGGUGUUUUUGUUGCUUCUGGUGAUGCUGACUCAGCAAAAGACAUGUCUACCAUACAAUCUGGUGAUGCUAAAAUAAGUAGCAACAUUACAUCUGGCAGUGAGUUAUGUACAGAUGAUGGAAUCCUUAAAGAUAACUCUGCUGUUGGUGAUAAUAACUCCUACAACCACCCUCCAAGUCAUAAUAAGUUAACAUUACAACCAGAUCUUAACUUAUUCUCAAAUGAUGGUGAUGAUAAAGAAUCUAGUGAUCUUUUAUAUUAUGGUUGGCCUGAUAUCGGAAACUUUGAUGACAUGGACAGGAUGUUAAGCAAUUGUGAUUCGUCAUUUGGACUUGGUGUCACGGGGAAUGACGAUGAAUUGGUGUGGUUUACAUCUGAAGAUCCAGCUGGAGGAUAUGAAGAACCAAUGAAAAUGGAGCUUAAGUUUCCAUGUACAGAAACAAAUACACCACCACAGAAUAACGGAUCUCAAGAAUCAGAUAAUAAAAGAUCAAGAAUUGUGUCUGAAAGCAAAGAUGAGUUUAAACCAAAAGAUAAUAAAGGGUACAUGCAGAACACCACUUAUCUGCAUCCAUCUGGCCCAAUGAUGAGCUGUACCAAAUUUGAAAAUAAGGGCCCCACGUGUUCUUCCCAAAAGGAAACUUCCAAUGAAUCAAUGGCUUCAGGAAGUGACCCAAUUCCAUCCCAAAAGAAGAUUGAAAGCCAAAAUGAUAUUCGGGGAAUCAAGAAAGGAUCUUCAGUGGGAUUAGGUUCAUUAGAUGUUCCAGAAGGUUCUUCAAUUAGUACUGAAUUGGAUGAAAUCUCACUAGAAGCAACAAGUUUCAGACAGCUCCAACAAGUUAUGGAACAGUUGGAUUUGAGGACUAAAUUAUGCAUAAGGGAUAGUCUGUACCGAUUAGCUAGAAGUGCAGAACAAAGACAUAAUAACCAUGCAGGCAUAAGUGGGCCCCUAUUGACCGAUGGAACUAACAAUGGCUUUAUGGACAUGGAAACAGACACAAAUCCUAUUGAUCGGACAAUAGCGCAUUUGUUGUUUCAUAGGCCUUCAGAGUCAUUCAACAUGCCUACAACUUCACCUCUCAAACCAAAUGCGAAGGAAAGGAGAAAUGAAUCAGAUGACAAGGUUUCAAGCAGUCGAAAAAACUAACAUGUUGUUAGGUAGGCAUGGUAGAUUUGAAAGCAAGUUUUAAUGAUGUGCAAAUAUAAUAUAUAAUAUAUAAUAUGUUAUAUAAAAUCGUCCAAUAGAGUCGGAUAUGGACUCAUACACCUGUUCAAUUGGUGUCCAUCUUUUGUAUCAUCUUGUUCGUUUGACCAUUGAUUCUCAUCAUGGUGGCCCAAUUUUGACCUAGAAUUCACCUGUAUAUGUUCGUUUCGUUGAUAUAUAUUGUUGUUUUGGAUGCAUGUAUUUUUGUUUUUUGUUUUAAUGUCAUAAGACAAAUUUGGUGAUUGAAAUCUAAAUCUAUAUGCGUCCCAAAUUUUAUCAAUAGAUGAGCUCUUAGGGGGUGUGGAUCAUUGAGUUGAGUGGAUCAUUGUAUUUCCAUUGUAUUUAAAUCCGUGUUCAUAUCUUUCAAAGUUUGCUGCGAAAAACUAGCUUUUGUUAGUUGAUAAGUUCGAUGAUAUAUGUAAAAUGAU